CUUUCGGCUCCUGCAAAACACACAAACAUUCACACUAACUCCCCCUUUUCCUUUUAGUACUAUAUAUUUAUGUGCAAGUUGACACACAUAGCCAUAAAAACUCUUCCAAUGCUAAGUUCCUUUCCACUUUCUGAACAAAUCAGAGUCUUUUCCUAAUUCUCAAAAAUUCCCUCACAUACAUUCUUCCGUACCCAAUUUGAAAGUAACGUUUCAACACAAGUGAUCAUUUUAGAAAAUCGUAAUGGCAUCGCUAUCAACCCUUCUUGUUACAUUUUACAUGUCAUUAAUUGCAUUAUUAUUAUUAUUUAGUCAUGUUGUUACUGCUAGGUACCAUCACCACGGACACCGCGGUCACCAUAAUAAUAAGAAACAACACAAGCAUAAUAAUUCUCACAUAUCGUAUCCGCCUUCAAUUUCACCUGAGCCUUCUAAUUCGGACGAAGGGGUUUAUGAUGUGAGGUCUUUUGGUGCCGUGGGGGAUGGCGUUACGGAUGACACUGAAGCUUUUAAGGCAGCGUGGGAUGCUGCUUGCCAAGUUGAGUCAUCAGUCAUUCAUGUUCCCGUUGGUUACUCUUUUAUGAUACAAUCUACUAUUUUUACUGGUCCUUGUCAAACUGGCUUGGUGUUUCAGUUGGAAGGUACUAUAAUGCCGCCAGAUGGACCAGAGUCGUGGGGGAGCAACAAGAGUAAGCGGCAGUGGCUGGUAUUCUAUAGAGUAAAUGAGUUGUCAUUGCAAGGUGGAGGCGUCAUAGACGGAAGAGGAGAAGAAUGGUGGAAUCUUCCUUGUAAACCCCAUAAGGGACCUAGUGGAAGUACAUUGCCUGGACCAUGUGACAGCCCAAUUGCCAUUAGAUUCUUCAUGAGCUCAAAUCUAACGGUGGAAGGAAUUAAAAUGAAGAAUAGCCCCCAAUUUAAUUUCAGAUUUGAUAACUGCAAGAAUGUGCAUAUUGAAUCCCUACACAUCACAGCUCCCAUCUGGAGUCCCAACACUGAUGGCAUUCACAUUGAGCAGACCAGCAAUGUUGAAAUUUAUGACUCACUCAUCUCUAAUGGUGACGAUUGUGUAUCAAUAGGAGCAGGAUGUUACGAUGUGGAUAUUAGGAAUCUCACAUGUGGACCUGGAGGACAUGGAAUCAGCAUUGGGAGUUUAGGCAACCACAAUUCGCGAGCAUGUGUAACAAACAUAACAGUUCGGGACUCAGUGAUAAAGCAAUCAGAUAACGGAGUGAGGAUCAAGACAUGGCAAGGCGGAUUUGGAGCAGUAUCAGGAGUUUCUUUCAUCAACAUUCAUAUGGACAACGUACGAAAUCCCAUUAUAAUCGAUCAAUUCUACUGUCUCUCGAAAGACUGCAGCAAUCGGACAUCAGCAGUGUCCGUUUCAGACAUAGAGUACGCGAGUAUUAAAGGAACAUAUGAUAUUAGAAGCCCGCCAGUCCAUUUUGCUUGUAGUGAUACUAUCCCGUGCACUAACAUAACACUAUCGGACAUAGAACUUUUGCCUGAUCAAGGCGAAUUAGUCUUGGAUCCCUUCUGUUGGAACGCAUAUGGAGGAGUACAAGACACAUUAACAAUUCCACCUAUUUUCUGCUUGUUAGAGGGAAAUCCUCCAGCAAUGUUUGAGAAUAAUGACUUGGGGUAUUGUUCGUCGUCAUGAGACAUUUUAAUAAUAAUGCUUGAUUGUGCGGGUCCUCCCUUUUUUUUUGUGUGUGUUUCUGUACAUAUCAGGUUUAUAAUAUAAUAGAUUGAUGGAUUUGAGAUGGGAAUAAUAAUCCGAAACAUCCAUCGAUAUAAUGUUAUUUAGAUUCAGAAAGGGAGCUUAUUGUUUGCUAUAUAUAAGUUUCCCUUUGACAUUUACUUUAGCCUUUAGGUUUUUCUAUUGAUGUAAUAUUUUUUGUGCUUCCUGAACUAAUGUCAGUAAUAUAAUUGCUUAUGUGUGCUACUUUCAACAA